GUUAUCCGUACUCUCUAAGUGGAGUAACGACAUUUCAGGCAAAGGAGAGAGAAAUUAGAUUAGACAGAUUAUUGAUUUAUUUUCAUUUUUAAAAUAUAAAAAAUAACAAAUUAAAAAAAAAAUACAGAAGAGAGCGGAACCUGGGGCCUCAGCUUCAACAAAAACAACCAUCAGCAGACAAUGACUCUCUGAAAUACGCGUUCCGAUAAGGAAAUGUCUGCACCAGUUAUUGAGGGCAACGAUCAAGUCACAGGCCACAUCAUUUCCACCACUAUCGGAGGCAAAAAUGGUGAACCAAAAGAGACCAUCAGUUACAUGGCAGAACGGGUUGUUGGCACCGGGUCAUUUGGAAUUGUUUUUCAGGCAAAAUGCUUGGAAACUGGUGGGAGCGUGGCAAUAAAGAAAGUCUUGCAAGACAGGCGGUAUAAAAACCGUGAACUGCAAUUGAUGCGCUUAAUGGAUCAUCCAAAUGUAGUGUCUCUGAAGCACUGUUUUUUCUCCACCUCAAGUAAAGAUGAGCUUUUUCUAAAUUUGGUUAUGGAGUAUGUUCCUGAGACUCUGUACGGGUGUCUCAAGCACUACAGCAGUGUGAACCAGAAAAUCCCCCUCAUCUAUGUGAAACUCUACACAUAUCAAAUUUUUAGAGGGCUGGCAUAUAUACAUGCUGUUCCAGGGGUUUGCCAUAGAGAUGUGAAGCCUCAAAAUCUUUUGGUUGAUCCUCUUACCCACCAGGUUAAGCUUUGUGAUUUUGGAAGUGCAAAAGUCUUGGUGAAGGGUGAAGCAAACAUAUCGUAUAUAUGUUCUCGUUACUAUCGAGCUCCGGAACUCAUAUUUGGUGCUACAGAAUACACGAUGUCAAUUGAUAUAUGGUCUGCUGGUUGUGUGCUUGCCGAGCUUCUUUUGGGCCAGCCUUUGUUUCCAGGAGAAAAUGCGGUUGGCCAACUUGUAGAGAUUAUCAAGGUUCUUGGUACGCCAACACGAGAGGAAAUUCGAUGCAUGAAUCCCAACUAUACAGAUUUCAGAUUCCCUCAGAUCAAAGCCCACCCCUGGCAUAAGGUUUUCCACAAGCGUAUGCCUCCCGAAGCAAUUGACCUUGCAUCACGCCUUCUUCAAUAUUCACCGAGUCUUCGAUGUACUGCACUAGAAGCAUUAGCUCAUCCUUUCUUUGAUGAGCUCCGUGAACCUAAUGCUCGCCUUCAGAAUGGCCACCCUUUACCCCCACUUUUCAACUUUAAACAAGAAUUAGCUGGAGCUUCCCCUGAGCUAAUUAACCGGCUGAUACCUGAGCAUGUGAGGCAGCAGGUAGGUCUUGUUUUUCCACAUCCAGCUGGUACGUAAAUAAUUAAAUGCGAUACAAGGAACCAACUCUUCUAUUAGCGGAUGGAUUCAAAGCAAAGGAUGGACCUCCUGGUCAUUAAGCCAAGCUUUUGCCCUAUUCAGUGGAUUUCUUGCCCCACAAAGGUGCAUGCAGAUACUGCCUUUCCUGGCUCAACAUGGAAGUUGGCGAUAUCUGUCUACUACGUAAUUUUAGCUAUAACAUACUUUGUUCCCUUGCUUUUGUACAUUGUUUUGAUCGGUAAAAUCCAAGAAGCUAGGAGUAUAAAAAGGUGAUGGAAUCCAUGUCAAGCUCGGUAAAGGGCUUUAAAUAGCCCAGCAGAAGCUGAAGGUAGUUCGGCUGGCUUCUUAAACAUCCUGCCAUUUAUUUUUUCAUUUGCGGCAUGUGAACAUAAGCUAGGUUUCAUCAAUACAAGUCAUCUUUUCUUUUUUCCAUUGUCGAGUUACUUUGGCAUUUGCAUAGUUUUAAGUUUUGCUUGGAACCUUAUAAAUGGCAUUACGAACUUAUA